AGACUUUGAGUACAUUUCACAGUAAUUGCGCCGGACAAAAAAGGACCGGCGACAGACAGGUUCAAAGUGAGAAAAGCUCAAAAAGAUGCCCACAAAAUCUUCCUAAAGCAAAUUCCCAAUUCAAAAGAACAAAGCUCUGUCUUUAAGCAUCUGCAGCAAACACUCAAUGCAAAGAAAAGUAUCUCAAUUCCCACUUUUCUGGCUUUUAGACAUGGAGAUCAAACUUGCCAUUCUCAAAUUGUCAUGCUACGCCUUCGUUCAUCCUUUGCACCCUCACAUUUGCAAUUGUUAUGAUCACGGAGAUGGCAAUGAUCAUCCCCAAAAUGUUGUCAGAUUCAGUCUUCGGCAUUGUCUUCUUGCUUCUUUCUUCAUCCUUCUUCAUGCAAGGAGCUCAUGCUAACAUUGGGGUCAACUAUGGCACGGUCGCAAACGACUUACCUCCACCUGCCCAAGUGGCCCAUUUCCUCCUCGAGUCCACCACGAUCAACCGCAUCAGGCUCUUCGAUGCGAACCCGGACAUAAUAAAAGCCUUUGCUCACACCGGCAUCGCCGUCACCAUCACCGUCCCUAAUGACUUCAUCCCUCAACUUACCAAGCUGAGCAAUGCCCAAGAUUGGGUGAGAACUAAUGUCGAGCCUUAUGUUCCCGCCACCAACAUAGUUCGAAUUUUGGUUGGAAACGAAGUGCUGUCGACUGCAAACAAGCUGCUGAUAGGCAGCCUGGUGACGUCGAUGCAGAUGCUGCACACAGCCCUCGUCGACACGUCACUGGACCGUAGGAUCAAGGUUUCCACGCCUCACUCCUUAGGAAUUUUGUCCAGUUCGACCCCGCCAUCCAGCGGGAAGUUCCGGCAGGGCUACGACGUGCAUGUUCUGAAGCCGCUGCUCAGCUUCCACAGGGAGACCGGCUCACCUUUCUUGGUGAACCCAUACCCGUUUUUCGGCUUCUCUGAGGACACUCUCGAUUAUGCACUGUUCAGGCCGAAUUCCGGGGUGGUGGAUGAGAAUACCAAACUUGUUUACAUGAACAUGUUGGACGGGCAAUUGGACGCCGUCUACUCAGCGAUGAAGGUGCUGGGCUUCACCGAUAUCGAGAUCGUGAUAGCCGAAACGGGAUGGCCCUCGAUGGGCGACUCGACCCAAGUCAGCGUCAAUACAAAGACGGCGGCAGAAUACAACAGUAAUCUCAUCCGCCAUGUAUCAUCGGGUGCCGGCACGCCCCUCAUGCCAAAACGGACAUUUGAGACCUACAUUUUUGCUCUCUUCAACGAGAAUUUGAAGCCGGGACCGUUGUGUGAGAGGAACUUCGGACUCUUCAGGCCGGACAUGACCCCGGUGUACGACGCCGGGAUCUUGAGGCCCACGGCUAGAUCAUCAAUUCCGGUUGACCCCGUUCCAGUCCCGAGCUCUGUGACACCGCCGACAAGUCCGGCGUCCAUGUCACCGCCCAACGGAAAACAAUGGUGCCUGCCCAAAGCAGGAGCAGACCCAGAUGCUCUGCAGAGAAAUAUCGAUUACAUAUGCGGGCUCGGGUUGGACUGCAGACCGAUACAAGAAGACGGCGCGUGCUUUUUGCCUAACACGGUCCGUGCUCACGCGGCAUACGCCAUGAAUGCGUAUUACCAAGCCAUGGGAAGAAACGACUACGAUUGCGAUUUCAAAGAGACCGGAGCUGUUACCACCCUCGAUCCAAGCUAUGGAAAAUGCACAUACCACGGAUGAUGGAGUUUCUCUUACUCAAAGAUUAGCAAGAAGAACAACACAGAACAUCCAUCUCCUUUUCUUCUCCAAUUUUGAGACAACUACAUCUCUCAUCUAGUCCUGCUACGUAGCUCUAAACUCUACAUUUGACGUCUCAUCUGUCACGGUAGAUUCAAGACAGUUAGAAAAGGCAAAUGCCACGAAAAGUCUGCUAGCCAAAUGGAAUUCUAGUUCGUAGACAUAAAUUUGCACUUUCUUGUUUCGCUUGGCAAAUCGGUCUCAAGUCGCUCAACUCGAUUAGUCACGACGACUCGUUUUUUGCGAUGUAACUCGUUAUGACGACGGUCAUAUCGGACCAGCCUCAAUGCAAUUAGCAAAGGAACUUUGUCUGCAAUUCAAUCUCUCUUUAUCGUAUUUCA